GAUAAAAAUGCAAUUUUCCACUCGAUCCUGGCAAAUUGUUUUUUAACGGCAAAAUUGUCUCAGCUCGUGUUAUUAUCAAUCAAAACAUGGUGCAAAAACUUCUUGCCUUCCAACCGAGAACUAAUUGGUCUGCUAUCAUCAUAAAACAACGAAGCUAUUCGUACGAAAGUCGACUAUAAAAAGUGCUGGAUGUGUUCUUUACCGACAACCAUUCAUCAUUCCGUACUCUAGCAAACAUCUACCCGUGGUGCUCCAUCGUAUAGUAAAAAUGGCUUUCAAAGUUGCUGCCAUUGCUGUUCUGUUGACUAUUGUCGCCAUCAAUGCGGCUCCCCAGCUCGAUCAGCUGCCCAGCGGUAUGACUACGCCGGCUGUUGGUGAGAUCCAGGCACCGGUCGGUGGCAACCAGACGAAUCCGGGUGAUUUGCCCAACAACAUGAACACGACCGUUCCGUCGAACCCGGCCGAAGGUGUCGGUGGUGCCGAGAACGCUACCAUGCCGUCCAACAUUGGUGGAGGUAUCCCGAACCAGCUGGGAAACCGUAUCGCUAACCGCAUCAAUCGACCAAACAACCACUAAUGGAAGCUUUACUUUGUAUUACUUCGAUUCUGGCCCGAUUCUAAUCAAAUUGUAAUAAAUUUUGGUAAACCUGUCUAAAAGCGA